AUCUGAGCUCGCACAAACCUCUCCCCGGCAGACUCAUCCCUUCUGGGGGGAAGAGUCGGAGCCCCGAGCCUGCCGGCCAUGAGUCACCUCUACAGCCCCCACCUCUCCCCUAUGGGCUCUCCGUCCAUGCUGUACCUUCCUGCCGCUCUGGGCUUUGCCCCCAGCAGCGCGAUCACCCGGCAGGACCCUCCUCAGAAACCCCCCUACAGCUACAUCGCCCUCAUCGCCAUGGCCAUCAAAGAGGCUCCGGAGCAGAAGGUGACCCUCAGCGGUAUCUAUCAGUUCAUCAUGGACCGCUUCCCUUUUUACCACGACAACAAGCAGGGCUGGCAGAACAGCAUCCGCCACAACCUCUCCCUCAACGAUUGCUUCGUCAAAGUGCCCCGGGAGAAGGGUCGGCCGGGGAAAGGCAGUUACUGGACCCUGGAUCCGCGCUGCUUGGACAUGUUCGAGAACGGUAACUAUCGCCGGAGGAAGAGGAAGCCCAAAGCUUCGGGGCCGCCGGAGGUUCGCAGCGGUUCGGCUCCUCCCGACGGCGGCCGCCCCGACGAACCCAAGCGGGCCAAAGGGAGCGAGACGGGGCAGAGCCCGGCGGGGGAUUCGGCCGAUGAGGGGGUUGCGAAGCCGGCAGCGGGGCGGGAGGGAGGAGAUGCUGUCCCCGGGUGCCUGGAUCGAGGCGGUGCCGCCGCUCCCCGACCCCCCGACGGCCCGGGGGGUCCGCCCGCCGCCGGUGCUGGGCACAAGAGGGGCCGGAGCUUCAGCAUCGAGAGCAUCCUAGCCCAGGGGCUGCGGCAGAACCCCCCCGGGGCCGCCCCCAAGUCCCGGGAGAGCCCCGUCGGUUCGCUGGUGGCCAGUGGAGGCUUCGGUUCGGCCCUCAAUGCUUCCCUCAUGCUAGACUCCCAGGUGCACGGGAGGCUCUACCACAUCGGCAUUCCUUUCCUCUCCUGCUUCCCUUUCCACUUCUCUGAGGCGGUAUUUAAUUUCCAGUAG